GCGCGAAGGGAGGCGGCAGCGGCGCAACGAGCAUCUGGUGCAGCCGGGACGGAUGGAGACGCCAGGAGGGGCCGCCCCGCCGGAGCUGGCCCAGGAAGCCCCCAAGCUGGAGGGCCAGACCCCCAUCACGCUCUCCAUGCAUGGGCUGGUAGAAGAGCCCCGCAGCUCUCCGGCGGAGGAGGAAGGAGGGACCCCAAUGCCCACCUCAGGGCUGCUGCAGGUGGCCGAGCGCCGGCAACCCCUGAGCAGCGUUUCGUCUCUCGAGGUGCAUUUCGACCUCUUGGACCUCACGGAGCUGACCGACAUGUCUGACCAAGAGCUGGCCGAGGUCUUUGCAGAUUCGGAUGAGGAAAAUGCAGCCCGAGAGCCCCCCGCUGGACUGCAUCCCCACUCAACCCCCAGAGCCGGCUACCUCCGCUCCCCCUCCUGGACGAGGACAAAGGCUGAACCGGGGCGUGAGAAGAAGCUCCUCGGUGAUCCUGAGCUCCAAGCAGACCCUUUCCUGGUGGUGGAAAAGCCAAAGAAGGAGUAAGGGGAGGGGAGGAGGACAGGAGCCCCACCCAGGUGCCAACCUUCACUCUUGCACUGUCAUUCCUCCCACGCAGCCGCCGGGACUCUCGCAAACGUGUGCCAAGAGCCCCCCUCCCUCCUUGACCAUCAUUUCAUUGGCCAAUCUCCUUCCAGGCCCCAGCAGGCCCCCUUUCCCCCUGCUGGGCUGCCCGUUUCCUGCAGGCACUGCUCUCCUCUUGCGGGAAGAAGGUGGGCCGAGCGAGGGGGGCUUUCCCAACCUCAUUUGGAGGGGGGCUUGUGGCAAGAGCUGCCGAAGCCUGAAGGAGGGGCGCCUCCUCUUCAGCCACGUGCCUUGACUGCUGCUGGGCUGAGCCAAGACAAGCUACCCAUGAUACCAAAGGAACCGAGGGGCAAAAACACGGCACCAUUUCUGGGGCACUGAAACAGCCUGAAUUCUGGGACUUUCUCUCCUCUAAGCACACAUCGUUUCCAAUGGCCUUAACUCUUGCCCAGCGCUCCACCACUUUGCGCAAAGUGCACAGCACCAACGCAGCUGGCCCAGCUUCCGCCAGGCUCGGGGAUACUCCCCUGGAGCCGAUGCCCACCCGUGUCGCAGCAGUGAACCUUCCUCAGCAGAAGAGACUUUUCUCGAGAGGAAGCCGGCCAGGGGUGUGGUGUGGCAUGGCUGGCGAGGCACACACUGCUGUUGUGGCUGCUCACCAACCUCCCUGGUGCUCGAGAGAGCCGAGCCAAGCAGGGGGAAGCAAUGGGCGUGAAACAGGAUCCCCGGUGCUUCCAGAACCCUGUGGCCAGGCCCUUUGGGAUGAAGAGGGAGUGCGGCUCAGGCUGCUGGUGGACAGCAGAGCUUCCCCCACGGACAGAAGCCCACGUGUCUCCCCUGUCCAGAGGGCCCCCAGGGAGCUGGAGGAGAGUCAGCCAGCAAGGCCCCCACGUGACUUGGCCUUCUCCCUUCAGUCACCGAACCUCCAAGGCAUUCGUUAUUUCAGAGUUCUUCGUGUCCUUCCCCGUGUCCCCACAGCCGUUCCGUGUCCUGUGUCAGAAGAGGGGGACGUGGGCCGGGGUGGCGCUAGAGGGGCAGGCUCUGAGCACAGCACCCUUCCCCACCCUCUGGAGGCCCCCGGGCCUUUGGCCUGCCUGAUUCAGGACAGAUCAAGAGUUUGCAUUGCCAACUCAAGUCAUUUACUUCAGCUAAGAAGGAAGCACCAUAGAAUCUGAUCUCAGCUGCUAUUAAACCCCGCCUGCCAGGGAGCUCUGCGAUGGAGGCGGCAGCUGUUAUCGGGACCACCAGGAAGGGGCCUGGCUGGUGGACAGCACUGCUCUGCCGCCCCCUCCCAACCUCCCCGGACUGUUGGCCAGUCCUUGUUCAUUCAGAUAGCCCAGGUCUCUUCUCCAGCAGCAACCGGCCCAGGAGGAGGAGCCUCGAGUAGAGCAGCAGAGCCAGGCUUUCCUUCUCUUCUCCACAAGGGACAGGCGGCCAUCCUGCCAGCCAAGGUGCCUGCAAUGCUCCCCAUUGCCUUUCCUUGGUACAGCUGCUCUCCAGAGCCAAGAAAGGGGAGAGGCUCCGUGGAGGAGACCUUCCAAGUUCCGGACCACUUGGGCUCGGAGAGACCCAUCUCACUCCCGAGGCCACCUGGGUUAUUAUAUCCAACAUGGAGACAAAAUCAGACCUGUUCCUGGGGGGGAGGGGGGUGUUGUUCCAACCAGAAAAAUAAACUUUCCCCUGGUUGACAGCAAGAGUGGCCUUCAGCUCUCCAGCUCCCUUAGGGCCACUCAGAGGGACUGAAGCAAACGUUUUCAAGGGGAAAGCCACGAGGCGGGUGGGGAGAAGCCACCCCUAGGAAUUUUUUACGUGGACUCUUGGAGAGGCAUCCAGGCAGGGAUCCCACAAGCUGGUCCUUUUGCGAGGGGCAACAGGAGAUUCCAAGCCCCCAUUCCCUGCUUGCUUUCUCGCCUCUGGGCCGGGCACAGCUGCUGGAGAGAGAGGCUGAUCGGCAGAGGGAUGGCCAAGUAGGCCCUUUUGGGUCAAGGUCCCAUCAGGAGCCCUCAGAGGCCCCUGGCCCAGGAUCAGAAGGGCGUCCUGUGCAGGUUCAAGUGUGGGGCGGCCACCUCCUCCCUCCAGGAGCAGCACAACAGCCCAUCCUGGCCAUAUCCUGCAGUGGGGAUGGGCACCCCAGACUUCUUGACAUUCCAGGCUGCAUUUUGGGGUCAAGCACAGAUAAUGUUGAGUUCCAAUCGUUGGCUUUUCCUCAACUAGACAGCAUCGCCCUCUUGUGCAGCAAUGGAGUGAACCCCUUACAAGAUGAUACGGCUACCCUCUCCUGACGACGUACAACUGUGCCAUGAAAGACAAACGUUUGAUGUUGCCCUGAUGAUUAGGGCACCAAGGAAGCUCAAAUGCACAAGGCAAGGGGUGCGUAUUUCCAUUCUAAACACCAAGGAGCGCUUUCUUGUGUCCCAGCAUCAAGGAAACGCUGUGUAAACUCUCAGGAGAUACCCAAGAUCUUCACAAGGGUAGCCAACUGCUUUUGGCAAAGCAAGGUCCUCCUGGGAUCUCAACAAUACUCCACCCAACCAGUCUGGUGUCCUCAACACUUGGAGCCUCUGUCUUUGUUGUGUCCCUUCUGUGCUCUGCGUUCCUAUUUUACCACCACCCCCAUCUUUGGAUUAAAUUCUGUCCAUUCUUGUACAGUGCCCCUCUGCUACCUCUGAUGUUCCGGUGAUUAAAGUUGUUUCAAAUGGU